CUCUCAUUUACUCGAAGGUUACUCUUCUACUCUAUUCUAUUGCACUUCCAUUUGGGCGCGAAAAAGUUUCUAGGUUUUAAUUAUUUCGUUCUUUCACUUCCCUCUCUUUCAAUUCCCUUCUAUAUAUUUGCUUCUGUCUCUUAAUAACACCACUUUCACACUGAAACCUUCUCUUACAUCUUUCGAGAAAUGUCUGCAACUGGUAAGGGCAAGAAGCGCGAGGAGCACGACCAAGCUUCCGAUGGCGACUCUGAAGGCCGUGCGCCUGCCAAAAAGGUUCUCAAGAAAGAUUCCGAUGACGAUAACUCGGAUGACAUCACUGUCUGUGAGAUAGGGAAGAACAGGAAGGUUACUGUGAGGAUCUGGCAGGGUAAGAUUUGGGUCGACAUUCGUGAGUUUUACAUCAAAGAUGGGAAGCAGUUGCCCGGCAAAAAAGGUAUCUCUCUGUCCAUGGAUCAGUGGAAUGUGCUUCGUGAUCAUAUUGAAGACAUUGACAAGGCUGUCGUUGAGAAGUCUUAGGUUGUUGUGCAUUAAGUGGAAUUACCUGGCCAAAUAUUAUCUGUGGGCUUUUUAGUUUUUUGAAUCAUUAGAAGUAUUAGACAUGGUGAUAUGUAGUAUUAUCCUAGUAUUAGGUAAGCAUGAAAACCUCCUGAUUGUUUUCUGCUGUGUGAAUUUUGAAUGUGAACUUUAAUUGGUAGCUUCCUUGAAAUCAUGGUAGUUUGGGCCAUUGAGACAUGUAUCAUAUGGUUGUCAAUGCAUAUGUAAAGUGUUGGAUCA